ACGGGAAUCGCGGACCAAGCGACGACGAGAAGGAACCGGCCGGCGAGCAGAAAGAGGCGACGAGUGCUUGGCGUACGGUUUGUGUGGUGCGCGCUACCGAUAGACAAGCUCCUACGGAGUGUACGCGAUCGAGGCUUCUUGGGGAAAGAGAAAAACGAGCGACGCGCAGGAGUGACUUGGCGAGCAGCUCCGAAAAGAGAGAAAGAGAAGCACGUUAGCAAGAAUGACGAUGGCAACCGAGACGGAGAACAACGGGCCCGAGAGCAAGGAGAUCAAGGACGUGAAGGAGAUGAAGGAGGCGCUCAAGGACGACGCGCCGCCGGAUAACAAGCAGGAGGAGAAGGACGCGGCGAAGAAGGACGAGACGGCCGGCAAGAAGGACGACGACGCCGCCGCCGCGGCCGCUGCCGGCGGCGCGGCCGCGGCGCCGGCGAAGGCCAACGUCGUGCAUCACCCCGACUACGAGAAGGAUGUUGUUUAUCUGUAUCAGUUCCCGCGGACGCCGUUGCUACCGUCCCUGUCCCCCUACGGUCUCAAGGUGGAGACGUGGUUGCGAUUGAACGGCAUCAAAUACGAGAAUGUUGAUCACAAGAUGAAAUUCCGCUCUAAGAAGGGCCAGCUGCCGUUCGUUGAACUGAACGGUGAAGAAAUCGCUGAUAGUACCAUCAUCCUGCGGGAACUGAGCCAGAAAUUCGGCAAGGAUCUUGACGCCGGUCUCACAUCCGAACAGCGAAGCGUCUCCCACGCCAUGAUAUCCAUGAUCGAGAAUCAUCUCGUUUGGGUUGUCGCGUGUUGGCGCACGAAAAAUUUGGAUCAAGUGCUAAAGGGCUACAAGGUCAAUCUGCAGCUUGCCCUAGGAUCACGUAUACCCAACGCGAUUCUGAACUUCUUCUUCAAGCUCACGUUCGGACGCAAGUUGGAUUGGUUACAGGGUGCGAGGAAAGUGAAGGCUCAAGGAAUGGGCGUGCAUAGUCCAGAGGAGGUGUCUCAAUUUGGCUGCACCGAUCUCAAGGUGCUUUCGGACACGCUUGCCGACAAGCCUUUCUUCUUUGGAGACGAGCCGACAACUAUGGACGUGGUAGCGUUCGCGCAUCUCGCUCAAAUCUUGUACAUCGACAAAGACACGCCCUACAGCCUACGAGAUUACAUGGUAGAGAACUGUCCCAACUUGGUCGGCCAUUGCUCGCGCGUCAAGGAACGAUGCUUCCCGGAUUGGGACGAAAUCUGCUCGAGUCUGGAUAUGAACACGCAUCUGCCGAAGCCUGAAAAGCAGGAGGAGAAGGAGGGCAAAGAGGAGGCAAAGGAGUCCAAAGAGUCUAAGGAGGAGAAAGAAGGCGACAAAGAGAAGGCGGAUAAGGAGGAGAAGGAAGUUGAGAAAGACAAGGAGGUUGACGAGAACAAAGAAAAAGAGAAAGACGGCAAAUAAACGGUUUCGUUGUAGAGGGAAGUAAUAAGUGAUUUAAAGGCGAAGAGUCGCAAAGGUGUGCUGGUAAUAAAAAAGAGAGAGAGAGAGAGAAAGAAAGAAAGGGAGAGAGGAAUGGUUGGUGAUGAACAAGAAUGUGCGUAUGCGUAUGCGUGGUUGCGAGAAUGUGACAAUGUUGGAUAUGAGAACGGGAUAGAAAGAGAGCACGAGGAGAGAAGGGAGAUACUGGAAGUGAGAGAAUGUGUGUGUGUAUAUGCAUGUAUGUGUGAGAAAAAGAAAGUGAAAUAGAGAAUGAACGAUAGAGCAAAAGAGAGAAUGCGUGGGUAUACAUGUUUGCGUGUCUGUGAGAAAGAGAGGAAGAAAGCAAGAAAGAGAGAGAGAGAGAGAGAAAGAGAGAAUAAAAUUCUGGAUUAUAGAGCUCUCUACUUAUACGUAUAGAUAUUAAUAGACUCAUAAUGUUAAUACUUCGUUUAUAUACGUUCAAUACGCGUCACGCGUUAUUUCACAUUGACACACUCGAAACACACACGACUGGAGCGACUAUUCUCUUUAACCCACGCCCUUUCUCUGCUCUGCUAAGAACAAACGAAAACGGGGCUAUCUCAUAAGUCAUUAGAAACGUAGGAUUGCAAUAUACGAACUGCAAUAGUCUGACGCAGCUGGGGUCUUUAUCGACAGUGGCCAAAUGCAAUAUAGCGUAUGCUAUAAGAUACAAGUAGUCAUGGAAGAAAAAGAAGAAGCGAAGAUAGAAUCACUCCGAUUCUUGCCUUUCGAAGGCAAAGAGCGUCCUACUUCGCUUCUCUCGAUGAUCCUUGCUGUGUAUAGUUACCUUGCGUUCUGUGCGCAACGUAACGCAAUUUUUUUUCUUUUAGUCUGUAUGUUUUUUUUUAUGUUUAUACGUAUAUCGUGCAUUUUACACUCACGCUCACUGCGUUAUAUGAAGUUUUUAAAAGAUUUUGUUUUUUAAGAGAUUUUUAAUGAUAUAUCAAUGAAAAAUUGUCUAUUAAAAUCAUCUGAGGAGAUACCGUUGCAUCUCAUAGUUGACUCGUCGGCGAUCCGAUACUUUCAUUAUUAAUUACGAUAAUGUUAAUAAUAAUGCGUUAAUAUUAAAAUAAUGAUAAUAUUCAUAAGAAUGACAACAAUAAUAAUGUUAAUAAUGAUAGUAAGAGAACGGAAUACGAUGUCUAUAUGCGAGAACAAAUGUCAGGUCAUCGAUUGUGACUUGAAUCGCUUCUCUCGUGUUCUUUUAAACAAUUGAAUCGGAAGUCGAGUCACGCCAAUUGACCAGCUAGCAACGGAUGUCCUCAGACAGCCUAAUGUAGAAUGCAAAUGGAGUUGACAAGUCGUCGUACGUAGUUCUCGAUAUCCACUCUCUCGUACGGACGCAAUUCCGCUUGCAUUUCAGCAUCAUCAAGCGCGCAUAAUCAAAUUUUACUUCAACGACGAUACUUAUUCCUAUAUAUUUUAUACGAGAAUAAUAGAAUUCUUUUUGCGAUCUUUUCGGGAUGAUAUUUUAGACAUGGGAAUAUAUAAUAGAACCACGAGAAGCGCGAUGGACGGCACAUAUAUUAUUAUUACUAUAUAUUAUUUGUAUAUUAUAUAAAUAUAUCGAUUACGUAGACGCGCGCGAAUGCAGAUCGGAUUUAGAUCGGACAGGAGAAAGAUGCCAUUCGUAUAGCGGAGUCGUAAUAUUUCGUCCCCUCCUUCCUCCCUUCGUCCACCAUCCCUUGUGUUCCCUACAUAUUCUUGUUUAUUUUUUUUCUCUCUCAUAGCAAAGAGGCACAGGUAAUGUUUUGAUCUCUUUUUUCUUUGGUAUUCAAAACACUGUGCUGCCCACGUAUUUUAUUGAUACGAUUUUUCGAACGUGUUAAGAAAUGAUAAUGAAAUUACCCUUGCGUAAUACAAAGUGUCUUUCACGCAUCGAAAAUCGACAUUUGAUGUAUAACGGGAAUUGAAGUUUUUCUACGAACAAACGUGUAGCAGCUGCAGUAGUUUUCCUACGGCAGCUGAACAUAUUCCACGAAGACACGAAAA